AUGUCGACGGAAGCUACCGCUAGCGUUUCAAAAGCAGCUGCAUCUGCAACUAAUUCCGAAAAGCCUGUUCUCAAUGCUGAAAAGAAGCAGGUGAAGUCCGAUCAUGCUAGAAAAGGUAAAAAGAAGCUACACCACUUUAACUUGAAGGUUCCAAAAGGAACAAAGGACUGGGCUGAUCAAGAUAUGGUGAUUAGAGAGGCCAUUUUUAAGAAGUUAACAGCAAUUUUCAGAGAGCACGGCGGUGUUACUAUAGAUACACCAGUCUUCGAACUCAGGGAGAUUUUGGAAGGUAAAUAUGGUGAGGACUCAAAGUUAAUUUACAACUUGGAAGACCAAGGAGGAGAGCUCACGUCACUUAGAUAUGAUUUGACUGUUCCAUUUGCCAGGUACGUUGCUAUGAACGGUAUUGAAAAGAUGAAAAGGUAUCAUAUUGCUAAGGUUUACCGUAGAGAUCAGCCUGCCAUGACAAAGGGACGUAUGAGAGAGUUUUACCAGUGUGACUUUGAUGUUGCCGGUGAGUAUGACUCAAUGGUUCCUGACGCUGAAAUGUUGAAGAUCAUGGUUGAUGGUUUGACUCAGUUGGGAAUCAACAAAUUUAAGAUCAAGCUGAACAACAGAAAGAUAUUGGACGGUAUUUUUAAGGUCUGCGGAGUCAAAGAUGAAGAUGUCCGUCGGGUUUCAUCUGCCGUCGACAAAUUGGACAAGCUUCCAUGGGCUGAUGUUAAGAAGGAGAUGUGUGAGGAGAAAAAUCAACCAGAAGAAGUUGCUGACUUAAUUGGACAAUACGUGAAGCUAAGUGGACCCAUCAGAGAUCUUCUCGCUAAGCUUAAGGCCGAUGACAGGCUCAUGUCAAACGAAUCUGCAAAUGAGGGUAUAUCUGAGAUUGAGGCAAUGGCUGAUUACCUUGAGGCCUUUAAGAUUGAUAACUACAUUUCAUUUGAUAUGUCUUUAGCCAGAGGUCUUGACUACUAUACCGGUGUUAUCUAUGAAUGUGUUACGGAGCAAUCUGCCCCACCAAAGGAUGCCGCUGAGAAGAAAGCCAAGGCCAAGCACCACAAGAGUAAAGGAGACGAAGAUGCCUCUGAGUACGUUGGUGUCGGUUCGAUUGCAGCUGGUGGUAGAUAUGACAACCUUGUGGGAAUGUUUUUGGGAACAAAUUCAAAGGGCAAGAAAGCCAAGUCAAUUCCAUGUGUUGGUGUGUCAUUUGGUGUCGAGAGAAUAUUCUCUUUGAUCAAACAAAGAAGUGAGCUUGUGAAAAAGGUUCGUCCUGUUUCAACGCAAGUGUUUGUGAUGGCCUUUGGUGGUGGAAAAGAUUGGAAUGGUUUGUUACCCGAAAGGAUGGCCAUUGCAGCUAAGUUAUGGGAUGCUGGCAUCGAAACAGAGUACAUGUACAAGAAGAAGGUGAAUCCAAGGAAGCAGUUUGAUGCAGCUGAAAAGGUCGGCUGUCCCUUGGCUGUGAUUCUUGGAAAGCAGGAGUUUGCAGACGGAAAAAUUAGGGUGAAGGAGCUUGGAACUGGUCAGACUGAUGAAGGUGACUUGGUUCCUAUCGAUGAUGUUGUGAAAGAGGUCAGGAAGCAUUUAGAUUCUCUCAAUGAUGAUGGUGUUGAUGAAGUUUCCAGACUUCUAAGAGGAGACUAA